AUGGAAGGUUCAAAUUAUUAUGCACCUGGAGGAAUGAAUAGUGGUCGAAGAAAUGACAAUAGAUAUCAACAACAGCAACAAUAUUCGUAUGAAAGGCCAAAUCUAUCUAAAGAACAUCAAUUGUUUCAAGAAAGUCAGUUACGUAAUAAUAAAAACAAUAACAACAAUAAUGGUGUCUAUAAUUAUGUUUCUCAUCUCUCUCCUGGUAAUCAACCCUCAAUUUAUCCUCCUCCAUCGUUACAAGAUCAACAUAAUAUUCACAAAUCAUCACAAAUGAAUAUGAUGCAAAAUCAUCAAUUUCCUCCAUCCUCAAAUAAACCUUAUAAAGAAUAUCCUCCAUCAUCGAAUAGGCCUUAUAAUGAAUUUCCUCCAUCAUCAAAUUAUCCGAUUAACGGAAAUAUUUCCCCAUCAACACCAUAUAAUCAUUUAAUGCCAUCACCAAAUUUUCCUCCGACAAAUAAAAUGAUUAAUGAAAGACCAUCCCAACCAUUACAAAAUAAAGGAGAAUUCUCUAAAUUUCCUCCACCACCGUCGUAUAAUCAACUGAAACCAUCGUCAAAUUUUCCUUCAUCAAGUAAUAAUGAAAGACAAAAUAAAGGAGAAUUCUCUAAAUAUUCUCCACCACUAUCAUAUAAUCAAAUGCAAAUGAGGCCAUCACAACCAUCACAAAAUAAAUAUUAUCCAUCACCGUCAUAUAAUCAAAUACCAUCGUCAAAUUUUCCAAAUAACCAAAUACCCCCGCAAUCGAAAAUUCAACCCCCGUCAUAUAAUCAAAUGGUGACACCAUCGCCAGGAAUAACAACGUUAAAUCCUAACGAUAGAUUUUCUCCAAAUCCACCAAUAAACCUACAUAAUCCGUCUCCAAAUCCGAUACCGAAUCCUUCGCCGAUUACACCACAACAAAAUGAAAAAAAUGAUGAUAAAAUUCAAGGUCAAGUUGAUCAUUCUAUUCCUUCAGUUGAGAGAAGUUUAACGCAACUUACUAGUCUAGAACAAGUGUGGGAUAUGCCUUUAGUUAAUGAUGGAAAACCAACUUGGAAAUUUUGGUUUUGCAAAAUUUUUAUUAUUUUAUUAAUUCUUUCAUGUUCAAGUAUUGGUGUAUCAAUAAAAUUAACUCUGAACAAUUUGGGUAUUGGAUCCAGCGGACUUGUAGGAAGUAAUGAAACAAAUAAUGAAAAUUGUAAUGUUCCUCCAGAUUGUGGGAAAUCGCAAACUUUAUGUAUAGGACUUGACGGUUGUUUUACUUGUCUUCCAUUUUGUCCAUUAGAUGGUAAAAAACCCUCCAAAAAUAACAGCUGA